AUGGAUGAGGAAGCUAUCAAUCUUAUUUAUUUUGAAGCUGCUGAAAAAAAUUUAAACACCGCUCAAUAAAUUUUGAUAAAUAUACAACCGGAAGAAUAAAAUAAGGACUCAUCCAUGAAUGAUUUGACUAAGAACAUCGUGUCAGAAAACUAUUUUGAUAUUCGAGAUAGUAAUGGCAUCAAAUCAGAGUAUACUGAUUAAUAGGAGUAGAUAUACCCUAGCCUAGAAAUUGAUAACAAUUAAUUCUAGUAAUACCAAGAAUAAAAUAAUUUAGAAUAGCAAUUAGAACAACAUUAAAACUAAGAAUAGUAUGUACCAAAGGAAAAUAUUCCGUACAUUGAACUUUCAGAUAGCAUUUUUAGAGAGAUAUUACUUUCUAUGAGAGUUCAGCUUAAAUCAGACGCUUAUUUUUUCUAGAACUUGAAAAUUUUGCAAACUAUUUUAAAGAAUAUUAUCAAUGAGCCAACAAAUAAGAAGUUUUAGAGACUUAGAUUAUCAAAUGAAAAACUUAAGACAGCGGUAUCAGAAUGUGAGUAGAGCAGAUUUAUUCUAGAAAUGCUUGGGUUUGAAAAAGUGUAGUGGUAUGAUGAUAGCUAGUUCGAUGCUAUUUAAGAAGAUUACUAUAUAUUAAAUCAGUAAAGGAUUGAUAUGAGAGAGUUUAACAUUGUGGUAUAAAUCAUUAAUGAAGUCUUCUCUAAGAACAAUAUGUCUCCUUUGACUAUUAAUAUGGAAAACUAAUCAGGAAACUUAGCUUCAAAUUUCAGUAGCAAGGAGGAGUUUAAAACCUCUAAAAUAACAGUACCAGUGAACUCCAGAGUAAAAGCAUAAGUUGACAAAAUUAAGAACACAGAAAAUAUUAUGAAGUCAAAACUUUAAAGUGCUCAUUAAGAAAGGUCAACCAGAUAAUAGUAUUAACCAGAGAUUUAUCAAGCAUAAAGAGAGCUAACAAACUAAAAUAUAAAAUUGGAAAGCUAUAUGGAUUAGAUCAAGUACUAUCGAGAGAUGCAAAGAAGAAACUAUCGAUAGGAAUAAGUAGGUAAAGUCAUAACUUCUUAGGACCUUUAGAAAAAAAUAGAUGAUGAGACCAGAUUUAAAAAUAAUGCCACAGCAGCAGGAAAAGGCGACUCUGAGAGGUGGGGUAUCAGAGCUUUAGAAUUAACCAACUAAUUUAGGGCAUCUCACGGUCUACCUGCACUCUCCUGGAAUCAAUAGCUUCAUGAUAUUGGGUAACCUCAUAAUGUAAAUAUGGCUACUGGGAAGUAUCCAGUUGGACAUGAAGGCUUCAAAGAGAGAAUGCGCUAGGUACCUUUCUUUGUAAGAUCCUUUUCAGAAAACGUUGCUUACAAUUAUAACAUGGCUGAUCCUGUAGAGGUAGCUGUAAAUGGUUGGAUUAAUUCUCCAGGACAUAGGAAAAACAUGCUUGCAAACAAUAAUCUCUGUGGUAUCUCAGUUUAUUGCUAUUAUGGGAGAUAUUAUUUUACUUAGCUAUUCGCUCUUGCUUGA